AUGGCAGAGAAAAUUGGCGAGAGAACGCCCAAGCUCGCUGCAGACGGCCGUCCAAAGCCAUGCUGCAUUUGCCUCGAUGAGAAACGAGUGCGCGACGAGUGCAUGUUCAACUCGGAAGAUGGCAUGGUCCAAUGCAAAGAUCUCAUCCAGAAGCAUCGGGAGUGUAUGGCUGGCUUUGGCUACAAGGUCUAA